AUGCUGGACGAAAAACGCCAUUGGCUCGACGAGAGACGCAUAUGUACUGUUCACAUUGAGGAAAGCCCUUACGACUGCGAUCCGUAUGUACGAAGAGCUGUGUGCCAUGAGAAGCUCGGAUACCCUGAUCUUGCCGCCGGCGAUGCUUAUCGGGCGUUACUUUUGACGGAUGAGCUGCUGGAUGAGUCAGGAGAAUGGCAUGAGUUGGCUGUUGAGGCUAUCGAGUCUAGCGCCAGAAAAGAGGACGGGGUGCUGGUCAAUGGCGCUACGAAUGGAUUGAAUAGAAAUGGAGCAAUGACCGGGGAUGGGCACUCUGGGGGGACCCGAAAUGAGGAGGGUUCAAAGGGAGUAAAUGGCAAGGAGAAGGAAGACCUAUGGUACAAUGUGAUAGCAGAGGAUUAUGCACGACGAAGUUAUGAGAUACUGGCCCGCACGCUGUCGGAUUGUGGGGACCUGAAGGCUGCCUAUGACUUUACAGAAAGGAGUCUGAAAGUCUUCCCGGGCCACCACAUAUUAAAGGGGCUACAGGAGCAGAUAAUGGAUAAGCACCGCCAAAGCCAACUCCAGAAAGACCCGACGUGGGACAAAUCGGAGUUCAAUCCUCGAACAGAACUCCCGGAAAACGGUUCGGCCAAGCGAGAGAUCUAUCCGUGGAACAAGCAUGAGAUCGAUCGCUUUUCAGAAGACAGCAUGUCAUUUCUCAACGCAGAGAUCAUGAAGGCGGCUCCAAAAUGCAAGGUUCGCGCCGUAGAACUCCCGGUUCUCAAUACGCAAGCCUUGUACCAGGAAAACCAGAAGCCAGCGACAAUCACUCAACUGGGUGUCUUCGCUACUACAGAAAUUUCUCCCAAUGAGACCGUCCUCGUUGAGCCCUCGGUCCUUACGUCAUCCACCCGCCUCUUCGACCCUCUCUGCGACGCCUGCUCCUCUGCGCUCCCCGUGGUCGAUCGAGACCAUCCACUACCAUGUUGUCCCGACUGCGACGACAUCGUCUUCUGCUCCGAACCCUGCCUCACUCGCGCCCAGGAUCUCUACCAUCCCGCCGUCUGCGGACUUUUAGAUUUCGACAUCGUUGCUAAUGACCCUUCCCCCUUCGCCGCCUCAAAUGCCCUCUAUACUCUUCUAAUAGCCCGGACCCUCGCAAUGGCUGAAACGCAAGAUAUCCACCCGCUCGAUCUACCACAAGUCAAAUACCUCUGGGGUGACUUCACACCGCCCGGAUCUCCCGCCGUCCGCACCCUGCCUUUCAGCUUCGAGAACAACAUUGCUCAACCUCUGCAUUUACUAUCCAAACUAGACAGAGACCCCUUCGCCCCUGAGAUCUUUGGAAGAUACGAUACCUGGGUCAUCAACACUCUCCUCGCCAAAUUCAGAGGCGUAGCAAACGCAAAAAUGAAUGAGCGCACCGGUAUGCCAGAAGUUGCAGGUGUACACUGGCUAUGGAGUCUAAGUAACCAUAGCUGCGCACCUAACAUGAGAUGGGCGUGGGAGAAAGGGGGGAUGGGAUUAGUGGCGAGAGGACCAGAUGAUGCUGUGAGGUGGGGUGAGGAUAUGGAUGCGGAGGGGAUGUGGAAGGGUGGUAUCAAAAAGGGAGAUGAGGUGCUGACGCAUUACUGUGAUGUGGAGCUGGGUGUGAGGCAGAGGAGGGAGUGGGCGGUGGGACCCCUGGGUGGCCUUUGUGUUUGUGAGAGGUGUGUUUGGGAAGAGCGGGAGGAGAGAAGGAAGGAAGGGGAAGAUGGAAAAGGGGACGCUUGA